AUGAUCGCCAGCUUCCCAAGCUAUCAUGGCCAUAUCCACACCAAAACCCUUAUGAGAUGCAAAUGUUCUUCAACCAGUUAUGAACAAGUGAAAAUGCCUCGAGAUCUGGAUUUUGGGAUUUGCAGAUUGCCAAAGCGCACGAGCGGCGAUGUAGUCAUAGAAAAAUGGCGUGAAUUUUGCAGAAUAAGAAAUGGAUUGAAUAAUUCUGUAAGUUGCAAAGUGAUGGAUCAUUUGAAAUGCACAGAGACUGAGGAUCUUUUUGAAGCAAUAUGA